UUCUCACCUGGAAGACGGCGGACGUCUUGUUGCUUUCACCGCAGUAAGCUACUGUUUUUAAAACAUUGUUAGGCUGAAAGUUAACGGCAUUCUUCUGUCGGGAGACACAGUGACUGAAAAGAUCCAGUGGAGCAAGCUGUCGUCUCUAAAUAUCCCUCAAAUAAAUAAAAUUGAGUUGAAAACAUGGCCGAGAAACACCAGACUUCUAGCAGCCAAGCGAGAGUGAAGGAGGAAAGCCAUUUUGAUCGCACGGUCGGACAUUUGCAUCAUUUCACCGUGACGUUCAGUUCUUCUGACUCAAAGGAAUACGCUAUUGACUGUGAUCAACCGCGCACCGUUCUGGAGGUGAUAAAAUCUACAGAGCAGUACGGGAAGAAGAUGAAGUCGUGUCCAGAUGAAAAUGUUGUGAUUCAGCUGGGUAAGAAGGAUAAAAAAUAUACUGUUGCAACACAUUUCCCUUGUUCUUGUAUUGGGGAAGGUGAGUCUUUGUUCAUAUCAUUCGAACAAGAAAAGGUUGAAGUAGCCCGAGACCAACUUUACAGACCAAUACAGUCACAGGACAAGUAUUCUGUCUUCUACAUAGAUACAAUCGGAGGAAAAUACACCAAACAAAAGAAGCGUUUUGUAAACAAUGUUGUCAAAGAGUUCAAGUAUCUGUGUGUCUAUGGGGAGAAGGGGAUGACUGUCAAAGAGGCUCUGAAAAGAGAUGGUCGCUUCGUUGAUGACCUCGGCAACUUCACUCUGACUGACAAUAAAAAUCCGAAAUGCAUCACCGAACAAAUACAGAAGGUCGACAACCUGGAUAAUAAAAAAUUCAAGAUAUGUCUUCCACGGAAGAGGGCAGCAAAUGAUAGCUCGCGUUCAUCAAAUAAUUCACCACAGAUGUGUGACCCAACGCCAGCUGUAGAUGAAGCACAGCAGAGAAAAAUCAGAGCAGCGAUGCAAAAGAGAGGAAUCAGUGUCAGAGCAGCGAUCGAAAAGAGUGGCAACAGUGUCGACAUUGAGGAGAUUUAUGAAAUACUGCGCCGCCAGUCUCUAGAUCUCAAAACAUUGUUGGAGAGUAGAUUCCCUGGUGAUUCUUAUCAGAAAGCAGUGAACCUGAGGAAGGAAAACUUUGGGAAGAUCCAACAGUCAUUCAGUGAAGUUCACAGAGUCAGGAAGCUGCUGAAACUGGGCCAGUCAGUUUGCAAAGUGGUUGUUGGGGAUGUUCAGGGAACAGGCUUUGUGCUGUUUGACGACUUCAUCUUGACCAACGCACACAUAUUCAAAGGUUUUGUCGAAGGACAAACGUUGAAGGAGGGUACAGAUGUGUCUUUUUUCUUUGAAGAUCCUGAGUCAAAACAGUACCACUUCAAGCUGGCUCACCCUGAUAUCUGCUACAGUGAGGGUGAUCUUGAUUAUGCCAUAUUUAAGAUAAUGCCUGUGGGUGAAAACUACAACCAUACAACAAGGAAAAUCACACAAAUGAAGGUGCCACCAGGACUCCUAAAGAUUUUUGGUCCAAUGCCUUGGAAUGGUGAAGCCUGUAUUAUUGGUCACCCAGCAGGAGGAGUGAAAAAAAUGGAUCUUACAUUUAUCAUUGAGAAAGAGAAGAGGGAGCAUGCUGUCCUUGAUCAUUUACAUCCAUACAAAGAGAGUAUUGUAACUAUACACUCAAUCUGUCACCUUCUCAAAGAUCAAGGGAUUGAAAACAUAAUGAUGGGUGGAAGAAUAGCAGACAAAGUAGUGACCUACCACACUUUCAUGUAUCACGGCUCUUCUGGCUCCCCAGUGUUUAAUGCUCGUGGUCGAGUCUUUGGUUUGCACACCGCAGGAUAUGCUUAUCAGUUCCAAAACUCUGACAACAGUGUGAUAGAGUUUGCCCAACCUCUGCUUACUAUAUUUAAACACUUUGUGAGUACGCUAAAAGGAAGUGGAAAGGAGAAGCUGUUGGAGAGAGUUAAGAAGGUAGUGAAGGGAAACCCAGACCUAGAAAAGAUCUUCAAGUCUGUGGUUGAGCCAGCAGACCCUGAGGAGCUUUUGGACAUUGAGCCAAUGGAUUUUAAUUAAGUAUUCAGACCUUCAAAACGCAUCUGGUUGCAUACCUUAUUUUAGAGUUUAUAAAAUCUUUAUUUUGACCAAAUGAUUAACCGACCCGUUGUCAUCCCAACAAAUUGUACUGCUGCCCUGCUCUUUUUGUUUACAAAGUGUAUUUUUGGGGCUGUGAACUGGAUGCCAACAGGUUUUUUACUAAACUUAUAACCCUCCUAUAACCAACACUUAUUUUAAUACUGUAUUCUAGAUUUACCAUUGUUGAUGUUUGGUGUAAUGUAAUCAGAAACAUUGACUCUUCUGUGAAAGCCUAAAUGUCAUAGUUAAGUAACUUUUCUUGGUGUUGUUUUAGUUUUUUGUGUUGAUCUUGUAAUUUUUUAAUUGAUACUUCAGACUGUAUUACCCAUAUUACCUGUUUGUAUGAUAUUAAAAGUCACCUGUAGAAUUUCUGCAUAUAUCUGCACAAGUCAAUAUGGUCAUGUACUGUUUCUUAUCCAUGUUUACUGUCUGUUUUAUACUGUAUGUUUUAAUGUUUUGUGUAUUGCAUGUUACGUGGUGGUCUACAAAGUUUUAAGGAUGUCCUGCAUGCCUCUUAGACUGUAAACCUAGUUUACCUACUAGUACCAAUAAAGUAAUCUGAUCUGA